UAAUGUCAUCAGCAGGGAAAAGGAAACGGUCCUUUGUCCUUUAUCUUUCUUGAGGACAGCCACUCUCUCUGGUGCUUCUCUGGGUGAAUCUGACUUAUCUGUAAGAUCCCUCUGUGAGCACUCAGCAUGGAAACUCGGACUCUGUUUCACCGCAGCGAGGAGGAGCAAAAGGAAGAGAGACAACGCAGCUUGCAAAUGACCUCUACCACAAGAAAGGCAAAGUUCAGGUCCAGUGAGGAAGAAGAGACUUUCACCGUUUCAGAAUUAUCCAUAGCAGCUGCCCUCGCCUUGACCUCAGAAAUAUCAUGGGAAUCCAAGCUGAGGAGAGAAGCUACCAUCAUAGAGCUGGAGAAGCGGGGUCAGAAGAGAGUUCGGUUUGGGAAUGAAAUGGAAAAGCUGGAGAAGGCGGUCAUUAGGAACUGCAGGCUCCUGCGCGUGAAGGCUGAUCGAAAGGCCUUUCGCAAGAAGGCUCUAGAGAAGGCCCGCCGGGAGAAGGAGUACAUCGAGCUGCUUUCAAGCCGGCCCCCCUUGAUCUGGAUCCCGCUCAGAGUUCAUGCAGUCUGGGAAAGAAUGGGGGUGAAGCUUACAUGUACCAUUCUGGCUUCCCCUCUGCCGCAGGUCACCUGGUAUAAAAAUGGAGUCCGUAUUGAUCCCCGACUGGCUCCAGCAGGGAAAUACAGGAUCCAGAACAAGUUUGGCAUGCUCACACUAGACAUCAAUAGAUGCUCCUUGGAAGACUCUGCUGAAUACAGUGUCGAAGUUAAAAAUCCCUAUGGUGAGGCCUAUUCAUUUGCUACGGUGCUUGUCCAGAAAUAUUAUGGGAAGGAGUCAGGAUUUGAUUCAGAAAUAUACAAAAGAUCACUCAUUGGCCAGGAGGCAGAUUUUGCCUUUUCACUGAAGCCCCUAUUCUCCAGAGAGAAGGAACCUUUCACCCUUUCCUGCUUCUUUUCUUCUGAUCUACUUCAACACCAACGAGAUAUCACCUGGUUCAGAGACGGCGAGUUUCUGAAGGAUUCGGAUCGCCAUCAAAUAAAGUGUUUGGAUCGCGAGGCUUCUUUGACCGUGUUGUGUGCUUACAAAGAAGAUGAGGGAUUCUAUACUGUCCGUGUCCCUACACUGGACGGGUACAACGAGCAGAGUGCUUACGUGUUUGUUAGAGAUGCUGCAGCAGCAACAGCCGGUGCACCUGGAUCCCCCCUCAACGUGAAAUGCCAUGAUGUAAAUAAAGAUUGCCUGCUCCUUUCCUGGGUAGCACCCAGCGAUAGUGGAGGAAGUCCAAUCUUCGGUUAUUUUAUUGAAAGGUGCGAGGCGGGCACAGACGAGUGGGUGCCAUAUAACGAAAUGCCUGUGAAGACCUGCAGGUGCCCUGUUUUGUGCCUCAUGGAGGGAAAGACAUACCAGUUCCGGGUAAAGGCCGUCAACCACUCAGGCAUCAGUAACCCUUCCAAGGCCAGCGACCCAGUCACAAUGAAAGACCCCAAUGAGGAAAAAAGAGUGAUGACCAUCCCUUAUGAUGACGGAAAGAAGAUUACAAUUUCCAAAGAUGAACUGGAAGGCAAGAUUAAAAUUCCUCUGCCACCCACCAACGUUCAUGCGAGUGAGAUCAGAGAAGAUUACGUGGCCCUCUCCUGGGAUGAACCAGAUCCCAGAGGCAAGGAGCCACUGAGUUAUUAUGUGGAAAAGUCCAUUGCAGGCAGCAACAGCUGGCAAAAUGUCAAUCUGGAGACGGCGGUGAAUUCCCCAAGAUUUGCACUCUUUGAUCUUGUGAAAGGAAAAUCGUACUGUUUCCGAGUGCGAUCUGCUAACAAAUACGGAGUAAGCGAGCCGUCCUUGCCCAGUGAGCCCAUUACUGCUGGAACAAGAUUAGCACCCCUCCCACCUCCCUCUCAGGUUCUAGCUUUCAGAGACACCAAGACGUCUGUUGUUGUGCAUUGGGAUAAGCUGAAGGAGGGUCAGGAGCCCCUCGGCUAUUACGUAUAUUGUCGUGAGGUUGGGACAGAUGAAUGGCAGACUGUCAACAAUAAACCCGUGACAUGUAACAAGUUUACUGUUCCAGGGCUCCAGCCUGGGAAGGAGUAUGUAUUUUGCGUGAAAUCUGUCAAUGAAGCAGGAGUGGGUGACAGCUCACCAGAAUCUGACCCCAUCAUUGUGAGGCCGGCUAUCUCUCGUCCAUCAGCCCCACGUGAUUUUGCCCUGCUGAGCUGUGGGAAGAACGACAUGACUAUUGGGUGGAAAGCCCCAAAGCGCAAAGGAGGAGGAAAGAUUCUGGGCUACUUCCUGGAUCAGCAUGAUGCUGCUGAGCUAGACUGGCAUGAAGUCAACAUCAGACCUAUGGCUCAACGAGUUUACAAGGUUACCAACCUCAAUGAAGGACAUUUCUAUGAGUUCCGUGCUUGUGCGACUAACAUGGCGGGAGUGGGGAAAGUAUCUGAACCCAGUGACUUGUUCAAGUGUGAGGAAUGGACGAUGCCACAGCCAGGCCCCCCCUAUGAUGUGAGGUUCACUGAGGUGCGGGACGCAAACCUGAUGCUGCACUGGGAAGCACCGUUGUAUACAGGAGCAGGUCCAGUCACUGGAUAUUACAUUGAUGUCUGCGAAGAGGGGUCAGAGGAAUGGAAGCAACUAAAUAAGCAGCCGACAGCCAGCACCCACAUGAGGGCUUCUGACCUGGAGAUGGGGAAAUGCUACAUUUUCCGAGUACGGGCAUUGAACAAAGCAGGGAUUGGUCCACCUUCCAUCCCCUCGGAUCCUGUGGUGGUUGAAACCAAACCAGGCAUAAAUGAGAUUGAACUGGGAGUGGACAAAGAGGGCUUUCUUUACAUGGCCUUUGAAACUCCUGAUAUGUGUGACUCUUCUGAAUUUAUCUGGUCAAAGGAUUAUGAGGGACCUCCAGAUCCUAAUCGAGUCAGAACUGAAGAUAAAGGCAACAAAUCUAAGCUCAUACUGAAAAAUGCAUCAGAAAAGGAUCUGGGGACAUAUUCAGUGGAGGUAACUGAUGUAGAUGAUGAAAUCUCCGCCAGCCAUACUUUAACCCAGGAAGAACUGGACAAUUUGCGGAAAAUUAGUCAUGAAAUCAGAAACCCAUUGAUUGAGCUGAUCUCUGGGUGGAACAUCGAUGUCCUUGAGAAAGGAGAAGUGCGUCUGUGGCUGGAGGUGGAAAAGCUGUCGCCAGAGGCAGAGCUGCAUUUAAUCUUCAACGGGAAGGAGCUUUCAAGCACUCCGACACAUAAGAUAAACUUUGACAGAGCAAACGGCCUCAUAGAACUAAUAAUCCAGGACUUCUGUGAUGACGACAAGGGGACAUACACAGCCCAGCUGCAAGACGGAAAAGCUAAAAACCAGUUCACUCUGGCUCUCGUUGAUGACAGUUUUGAUAAAGUUGAGGCGGAGGCUGCUGCUAAGCGGAGAGACUGGAGGAGAAAGCAAGGUCCUCAUUUUAUAGAGAAUUUGCAAUGGAAGGUUACUGAGAAUUGUGAAGUUCUGCUGACGUGCAAGGCAACAAACAUGAAAAAAGAUACCAACUUUAAAUGGUUCUUGGAUAAAAAAGCACGUUUGGAUGGUCUGUAUGAUCCGCAGACUGGGGCUGGAACUCUUCGGAUUAAAAAGAUUACCAAAGAGGAUAAAGGAAUAUACAAAGCGGUUGUUUCUGAUGACCGAGGAGAAGACAUUACUGAACUUGAUCUCAGUAAGGAAGGGUUUGAAGACAUUCUUAAAGAGCUCUGCAGGGUUAGUGCCCUUUCUGCUAAACCUCUGAAAGUCCAGCCAACUGCAGAAGGCAUCAGAAUCUACAGUGAGGUGAAGUACUACACCGACUACAUGAAAACAACCUGGUAUCACAAGGAGAAGCGACUAGAAAGUGGCGAGAGGUUGAAAAGCGGAAGUACAAUGGACCAGAUCUGGCUACACAUACUGAACCCCAUGGAUUCGGAUAAGGGAAAAUAUACCCUGGAAAUAUUUGAUGGGAAAGAUUCUCACAGACUGUCAACUGACUUGUCUGGGAAAGCUUUCGAAGACGCAAUGGCCGAACACCUAAGGCUAAAGGAAGCAGCGAUAGCAGAAAAGAAUCGUGCCAGAGUUGUUCAAGGUCUGCCAGAUGUUGCCACCAUCAUGGAGGAUAAGACCCUGUGUUUGACAUGCUGCAUAUCUGGUGAUCCUUACCCAGAAAUCAGUUGGUUCAAGAACGAGAAGUUAGUAGUUUUUAAAGAUCGUUACAAAAUGGACGUGAAGGGGAUAGUUGUCACAAUUACCAUUGAGAAAGUCUGCAGUGACGACACAGGAAAAUACAGCAUCUAUGUCAAGAACAAAUAUGGCUCUGAAACGGGGCAGGUUACUAUCAGUGUGUACAAGCAUGGAGAAGAACCGAUCGAGCUAUGGGAAAAAUGAUUUCCAACACACUCAGAAACCCAGGUUGGGAUUUCCAAAGAGGCUUAAAGGCAUUAGGCACCAAACUCCCAUUGAAUGUCAAAGGGAUUUAGACACCUGGGUUCCUUUGACAAUCUCAGCCUUAAAAUUCAGACUAGUAUCUCUUUUUAUUAUCUACGUAUAAAAUAAAGGUUUUCACAGUGAUUUACAGUAUAAGAUAUCACAAUAUACCCCUCUUAAAAGCAUCUAUAGAAAUCUGGAGAAAACCUUCAAAAUCCCACUCUAAGCCUACAGAAUUAGACAAUGGCUUCAUAUAGUGUGCCACUUUUCAGCUAACAGCACUAUGUAUAACGUCCCUCGCACUCAGAUACAGUAGGGGUUCAUGUAUACAAGAACUUAUCAGUUUGUAUUAAGCCCCUGUGUGUUAUUGAAUAUCCUGUAGCAGGAGAAUGUUGAUGUGUGCAUUGUUAUUAAAACGUAACCCUGCUUGGGCCCAAUUCAGCACAGUACUCAAGCACAUGCAUAACUAGAUGUCAGUGGGACCACUGGUGUGCUGAAAGUUAGGCAUGUUCCUAAAUACCUCGCUGAAACAGGGCCUUGAUGCACUUAUGUUUACAAGGCUAAGCCAUGUGGGAGGAAAGUAAGGCAGCAUUUAAUGCUGUUUUAAAUAAAGAUCAAGGCAAAAAUGGAAAAGUUCAUUUCUAAAAUGUUUGACAGCUCCUGUUUCUAAACUACCCACAGUUUCAGAAGAGGGUUUCCAUGCCACUGUUUUAUCUGUUACUAUUGAUCAAGAACAGUGUUUGCCUGUCAUACUGUAGUUGAUCCUGUAUUCUAUGCAGUGUUUAAAAGGUGUGUGCUAAAUAAAAAAUGUAAAA